AUGCCGUUCUCUCAGCUGACCCACGUGACACUGGAGGUGACCCCCCUGGUGUCCGCAGAGGGCUCCGCCUGCCCCUCGGGCAGCUGCCUCCGAGUGCGCCACUGCUCGGCUGCCCUGCUCGCCAUCCGCCAGCGCCGACCGCUGCCCCCGCGCUGCGGCUUCUCCGGCCUAGAGGAGGUCGUCUGCUGCCCGGAGGCGGAGGCGGAGGCGGGGGCGGAGGCGGCCGCCGGAGACUCCAACGACAUCCCCAGCGGCGACGCCUGGGUCUUCCCUGCGGCAGAGCGGCGGCCCAGCGAGGCAGCCUGCAGUUCUUACAAAGCCAUGCGGGAUGGUCUGGAAGACUACAUUCUUCGUGGGAAACUGGCUGGGCCGCAUGAAUUUCCACACAUGGCGGCACUGGGAUUCAACGUCCCCAACACGGAGGGCCUCAGCUGGCUGUGCGGAGGGACCCUCGUCAGCGACCAGUUCGUCCUCACCGCGGCCCACUGCUGCGCCAACAGGGUCACGGGAAGGCCAGUCGCGGUGCGCCUGGGAGUGAACAACCUCACGGCGACACCAGACGGCGCAGACUACGGGAUCUCAGAGAUCGUGCUGCACCCCAGGUACAGGAAGCGCCAGUCCUACGGCGACAUAGCGCUGCUGAGGCUGGACAGGAGGGUGGAGUUCAGCGACGCCGUCUUCCCCGCCUGUCUCAACACGCAGGACGGAGACCCGCCGAGCUUCACUGCCGCCGGCUGGGGGGCCACGAACGCUGCCGGAACGCGACUGAGCUCUGUGCUUCUGAAGACCACCAUCUACCCACGUCCAUUAUCCAAAUGCCGAAAUGCCUACAAGGACAGAUUUCCACAAGGAAUGGACUCGUCAGUGAUCUGUGCCGGAGACCCCCAGGGGAAGACUGACACCUGUGUUGGCGACUCCGGCGCCCCUCUGGUGACUGGCCGCUCCGCCCCCUACACGGCGGUGGGCGUCACCAGCGUCGGCCCCAGGCCCUGCGGCGGCGCCCUGCCCGGCGUCUACACGCGCGUCUCCACACACCUCGGCUGGCUGGAGGGCCGCGUCUGGCCCUAGCCACAGGCCCUCCCUAGCGUCGCCACUGCUGCUCUCGUGGCCAAGGGGCGGCCCGGAGAUCCAACUCGUCUGCUU